AACGAUGUGAUGGUAAAAAAGGAAAAAUGCGAGGAGGAGGUCCAGACUGUAGCAUGGGAAGAGAAUACCAAGAAACCUGUCAAACCCAAAAUUGGUGAUGGCCCUGAGGAGGUGCCUGCUGAGAUCUGUGUGGUAAUCGGUGAGAAUCGGGCACAGCAAAAUGUUGGGGAGAACUCUCCAGACAGACCGCCAGCAGCCAUGAACAGGGAGGCAACUUGGAGUGGCGGCGCCCGGCCGCGCAACAUCUCUCCUCGAAUCAGCACAUCGUCUCCAGGAUCUUAUGAAUGUGGAAUCUGUCGAAAGAAAUACAAAUAUUAUAACUGUUUCCAGACUCAUGUCCGUGCACACAUAGAUAAUGAAGCUGCGUCGGUUGAGGGAGCCUCACAAGGAAACAAUUUUCGCUACACGUGUGACAUCUGUGGCAAAAAGUACAAAUAUUACAGCUGUUUCCAAGAGCACAGGGACUUACAUGCAGUGGACGGUAAGUAUUCACACCUCCAUGGCUCAGAGCAUGUCUUGGAACAAAAGGAGUUUCUAAAAUGAUUUUGUUUUUCUUUGCUUCCAUAGAAACCGGUAAUUAUAUGUGUGAAUUCUGCGGCAAGCAGUAC